CUGCUUUUAGACUCUGCACAUGAUGUGAUUAUUGGCUUUCAAUUGCCAGAGCGUAUCAGAGGAACUUUAUCUCGCUGCGAGAGCCCGUUCAAAGGUUUGUUUGACAUGUCAGAGCCAACAUGGCGUCACCGUGUGCCCAGUUUCACGGAGUCUGCGGUCGAUUCCAUUGAUGAUCGGGCCACUGCUGACUUACAGUGCGCUCUAUCAUGGCGGAGGCAGGACAGGCGGAAUCAGAGCAGGACAUCGAGAGCAAGAUCGAAGAAACACGGCAGAGGUUUAAAAGCGAGUGUGUUGGAGAGUCCCAAGACAAAUAUGACAGCAGAGACGUGGAGAGACUCUUCAAAGAUGACGCUCUGGUUGAAGGCUACCUCACAUGGAGACACUUUGUUGUGGAAGACACCUUAAAGAUGAUCGACGAGAGCUUACAGUGGAGGAAAGAGUUCACCCUGAAUGACCUCACAGAGAGCAGUAUUCCCGGAUGGAUGUUUGAGAGCGGUGCGGUUUUCCUUCACGGAUACGACAAAGAAGGAAAUAAACUCUUCUGGUUCAGAGUGAAGCUCCACGUUAAAGAUGCCAAGAUGAUAUUGGAUAAGAAGCGGUAUGUGGCGUUCUGGUUGGAGCGCUACGCCAAACGUGAGCCUGGGAUGCCGCUGACGGUCGUGUUCGAUAUGUCUGAGUCUGGAAUCAGUAAUAUAAUGCCUUGGAUCAUGAAUGCUGCCUGGAAGAUAGUGAAGACGUGGCUGGGCCCCGAAGCCAUCAGUAAGCUCAAGUUUGUCACCAAGAGUGACAUCCAGACGUAUGUCGGCCCCGAGCACCUUCCACCACACAUGGGAGGAACGGACCAAUUCAAAUACAGCUAUCCGCCUCUCCCGGAUGAUGACUUCCAGUCUCCAAUCUGUGAAAACGGUCCAAUCGUCAGCGAAGAUGAGAGUGACAUCAAGGAUAUUGAAUCCGAGUCCAAAGAGACUCUCGAAUCCAGUUUCAAUUCUGAGCAAUCAAUCAAACCCAAGAAGGUGAAUUUCCUUGAAGACGGUCAGAAGUCAGAAGAUCUGGACAGAGGAGAUCCUGGACGACUGAGAGGAGCUAGAAAACCUACCACCACAUUCAUGGGCACAUUACUGCACAUCAGUCCAUCAGAAGAGCUCCGAUUCGGUGCUAAAGAAUCAGAGAAGAAGUGUUUGAUCAUCCUCAACAACGUCACCAAAAACCACGUGGCCUUUAAGGUCCGAACGACGGCUCCAGAGAAGUACCGCGUGAAGCCCAGUAACAGCAGCUGUGAGCACGGAGCCAGCGUGGACAUCGUGGUUUCACUUCAUGGAGGGUUCCAGGCGUCUCCUCAGGACAGGUUUCUGGUCAUGGCAGCAGAGAUGGAGAGCAGCGGCGGAGCCGGCGUCUCAGAGCUCGCUCAGUUCUGGAAGGAGGUUUCUAAAGCCAAAGUCAUGGAGCACAGGCUGCGCUGUCUCCUCCUCGAGAGCCCAAAGUCUAUUCUGAGCAACUGGUCUGAGAGUCCGUCAGCGGCGAGCAACGAGCAUCAGGACCUGCAGAGCACGCUGAUGCGUGUGAUGGCGAGUAACUCGCGUCUGGAGCAGAAGCUGGACUCGUGUCUGUGGACGCAGAAGGUUCUUGUGCUCAUGGUGUGGUUUCUAUUGGCCCUCGCUGCAUACUCGCUCUGGACGUCCUGAAGCUCACAGACGGUGCACCGCUUCGCUGUCAAACCCAGAGACAUUAUCACGCAGAGCCGUCCAAACAGACAAGCUACGAGCUGAAUCAUGCGGUUUUAUCAGAAAUACACCACACUGUAAUUUAUAAAGAUUGUGUAGAGUUCUUAAGAUCAUGCAAAUGUAAUUAACUCAGUCUGAUUUUAAUAUUAUAUAUAGUAUUUUAUAAAAGUAUGAACGUGUGAUCAAUAAAAAUGACACU